CACUCGGCAGUCGCUGGACAGCUCGCGUGUCGAUAGGAAGGUAUUCUCUGCACGUCAGCCACUCCAGGUUGCAGCUUGUUCCGCCGGGCUCCCACAAGUUGGUUCCAAGUUCACGUACUCCAUCCUUUUGACCGUCCACAAGGAAAGCAGCAGCAUGGCCAAUCGUCCGAGAACCGCCUCCACCAGGAACGAGGAGGACAUGAUGGCCAACGCCAAACGCAAGCUAGCUCAGGCCAAUGACCCUGUGGAGAAGCUGCGCCUCAUGUGCCUCAGCCGCGGGGUCUCUGGCAUCAUGGGCAUGGGCAAAGUGUUUCGUAGGAUGGAUGACGACGGCUCCCACAAUCUGAACAUGGAGGAGUUCAGCAAAGGCAUCACGGAGACUGGCCUGCAGCUCAACGAAGAGGACACUAAAAAACUCUUCAACGCCUUCGACAGGGACGGCAGCGGCAGCGUCAACUACGACGAAUUUCUGGUUGCCAUAAGGCCCAAAAUGAACGACAGGAGAAAGAAGUUGGUGGACAUGGCCUUCGACAAGCUGGAUAAGACUGACGACGGCGUGGUGACCUUGGAGGACCUGAAGGGCGUGUACUCCGUGACCAACCACCCCAAGUACCAGUCCGGGGAGAUGACGGAAGAGGACAUUCUCAACACCGUCCUCAAGAAGUUCGAAAACAACACCUCACUGGACGGCAAGGUGACCCGGGAUGAAUUCUACGACUACUACUCAGCCAUCAGCGCCUCUAUCGACCACGACGCCUACUUCGACCUCAUGAUGCGCAACGCUUGGGGCAUCAAAUAAGUGCCUCGCCUCGCCCAUCCCCCCUCACCACUGCAGAGUGUGGACCUGCCCAUAGUAAUCAAAGCAUCAUCUUCAUCCACUAACAACUGAGUCCUCCCGCUGCGGUUUUCAUUCAUUCUAUCUCUCGUUGUCCUAUUAUACCGUUGGCUGUUUUCUUUGUAUGUGAAUAUUGCUUACUGAUUAGGUCUGAAUCCUCACACACACACACACACACACACACACACACACACACACUGCCAGUUCAGGUGAUGUGUCUCAGUAUACAGCAAAAGACAGAAUAUCCUUAGCUGACCCGCCUACAGUUACUACUUACCCGCUUACUUACGUCUGUAUCCAUUUCGAAACGUGAAGAAUUUGACGUUCAUAUGUAUGUGUCUGGAUUAAAGGCAUCUGGGGAGCUUCAGUUUUGCGCUUCUUACUGGAUAUUUAAUGAGCGAAAAGGAACAUCCAUUAGCACUAUCAGAGAGACAAUGCACAUGUUUUAUUCCACUAUUCUCAUGUACUAUAAAAAUCAUUACAUUUGAUAACUAAAGAAAAAUAUUAGUGGUCAUCAUUUCUCGUGUCCAAUUAAAUCACAUACGUACAGUACCCAAGUGUUAUCACCCAGUCACCACCACUUGCCCUUCUCCCCGCUGCUCGCCUCCCCUGUGUACCCGUAGCAGCUGAGGUCAAUGUUCUAUAAUUCCGUACAGGCACCCGUCCAGAUCUAUUAACUCGACAUACCUGUGAAUCAAUUACAUCCAUCCAUUGCUGCCCUCGCCCCGGUGAUGCCUUUAAACCCGCCUGUCCCUCGCUCCGCCCUUCCCUCUUCCUAGUUGUUGUCAGACGCUGCACUCGUCACAAGUACUAGGGAAAACUCAAAUUGAUCACAUAGAGGUUUUCAUUGUUGUUAUCUUCAUACUGACGCAAUGUGAAGUGUGUUUCAGUUAUAAGAUACGUUUUAUACCUGAAUUUAAGCCAAAUGUACUCUGUAAAGCCGAAUUAAUUAUUUGAGAGUUUUUUAUGGUUGUAAUCUCGUUGACACAAUGUGGAGUUUGUUUCAACAGUGUGGCGCGUUUCAUGUCAGAACUGUGGAGGUUUUUCCCCGGUUCACAAGUCCCAGUAUUGCAAAGCCUGUCUCUCGAGCCCUCCUGAGCAGCACAACACACUACCAUGUGCAGGAGGCUAGCCGAGGCUGGGAUACAGUGCAGACCGCCACACCUUCCCCUCGUGUCUCGUGUUGCUGGGCACGUGCCUGGCCGUCAUGUUCCUCCAGGGCCCACCAUUCAUCACACGCCGUCACCACAUGGCCACCUCGACACACGGUCACAAGGACACCACCACACUCUGUCCAUUACAUUUCAAACGCACAAACACUGCAGAUGUAAGUCACCAGAAAAUGUUUUCAUCAGCAGUAAUUAAAUAAUACAUUUCAUACAUUCCUAUGAUUAAUGAUCGAAGACUUGCAUUUAAGGUUUUAUAUUUUUCUCUUCUUUUCAUACUGGAUUUACAUAUAACAAAUAUAAUGAAUUAAUGUCUUUCCCAUAAGUGCUUUCCUUUGUAGUCUGUUAUAUGUCUCUAAAACUUGUCGCUUCUAUUGUCUGCUCUGAAUAUAAUCCUGGUACGUAGUAUAAGUCAGGAGCUUGAGGGGCCCGGCACGGCGCCCCCUCGCCGCUCACCUGUACGCUUCCUCCGUUUUGAUAGUUACGCCCUAAGGACAGCAGCACAAUUUCACGUCGCAAUUCGAAUUUCAAAGUUGUCCAAAUUUGCGAUAAUUGCAAUAAAAGUUGUGUACAAAUCUGUGGUAAUUCCAAUACCGUGUGACGUGUUACAAAUACUUUUCCCGUCGUUACCUGUCCAUCCUCAGGUGUGAAAUUGUGCUUCUUUUUUUUCUAUGGUGAUGAUGAUGAUGAUGAUGAUGAUGAUGAAAGUUAAGCAUAUGCCAAUGUUAUACUUCCAACAUUUUAUUUCAAACUUAAAGAAUGUGAAAUAAAUAUAUAUACGUUGAA